AUCUGCCAUAGGGGAGCUUGUGAGACUUCUCUACGACAUUGUUAUCCAAUUCAACUCAUGUACACGUGAUAACCUCCUCUCUUCUUAUGCCAGUCUGCAGAUGCAGAGGCUGCAUGUACUGGGGUAAAGCUGGAGAGGUCUGAAAGAGAGGAGGACGCAUGGCACAGCAGAGACACCCAGACUCGAGUGGCGGUAGAGCCCCAUGUAGCCACAAAGGACUCCCCCACCAUCGCCCCAGCGCCUCCCAGGACCCGACACAGAAUCACGGAGGUCAGUGGAACGCAGAACGCCGUCCUCAAGUCAGAGACAGACACGGAUACUUUAACUGUAACACACAGGCUCUUACACACAGGAUCUGACCACAGAUCAGACCCAGAGAGACUGGGGAAGGGGCCACUGCGCUAUCCUCCUGCUCCCGGCACAGAGUACUUACCGGUAUUUCACCAGAGCCAGAGGAUGGUUCAUUCCCGUGGAGAUGGUAAAACGUUAGACACUGGUGGUGAUGAUCCGUCUUGUUCUUACGCUACAGAAAUGGACCCUGGCAACAUAUCCUUGGGUUUAGAGACACAGACUGAUCUGUCUAGAGAAGACUGGAACCAGUACAAUAGUGGUGUAUACUCUGAAGGGCCUCUAGAUAAGAAAGGGGAGGGUCUUGUCGUAGAUGAGGUGACUGUGAAAGUGGAGGGCGACGCUCCUCUGACAUGGAAUGUAGACAAGACUCACUUAGGAGAAGGAUACUCACAAGGCAGAGAUUUCUUAGAUUACAGGGAAAGUUUGGAGACAAAUCCAAAUGUCACGACCCACUCUCCUUUACACACGGUCAGGGAUCGCGAGUCAGUGUCCACGUCGAUGGGACCUUCCGAUUCACACGACCACGUCCUUUUCGAUCAAGUAUUGAACUCAAAGGGCCAAAGGGCCAAGGGGAGGGAAGGGGGAGCAACAUCAGGCAAUAGUAAAGAGAAACGGUUCCUCUGCAUGUUCUGUAACAAAGGCUUCAGCUGCCUCCAGAAGGUGGAGAUCCACCAGAGGGUCCACACAGGGGAGAAACCCUACAGCUGUACGCAGUGUCAUAUGCGCUUCGCUGAGGCUGGCAACCUGAAGAGGCACCAGAGGGUCCACACAGGGGAGAAACCAUUUGGCUGUACCCAGUGUCACAUGCGUUUCGCCCAGGCUGGUCACCUGAAGAGACACCAGAGGGUCCACACAGGGGAUAAAUCCUACAGCUGACCCCAUUGUGAGAAGAGAUUCUCCUGGAAGAGAUGGGAGCUACCACCAGCAGAAAAAACAUUCCACUCUAUAACAUAGAAAGCAACCAUUCCUCUCAGUAGCUUCUGAUGUUACGUUCAAACACUGCAUUAAAGACACCGAUUCAUUUUUA